AUGAUCAACCCACAUCAGCUCCAACAACCAUUUAUUCCUCCCACUCCACCAUCACUGCCGCCUUCUUCCGCAUUGUUGGGUCAGCAGCAAUUUGUUCCUCCACCUUCUUCCUCUUCUCAGAUGACAACAAUGAAUCCACACCAUCAUCAACAUCAUCAACAACCAUCAUUAACUUCCUCUUUUCAUGUUCCACCAUCAAAGAAGGAAGCAUCUGGAACGAAGAAAAAAGGAAGACCAUCUUCCAAAACAACAACAUCUUCAGCAACAACCAUGAAUCAGCAACAACCACAAACCCUAACAUCAUCAUCGGGAUCGGGGAUGAUUGCUUCCUCAUCAUCAUCCGCCAUGACAGGAGGAGAGAUCAAUGAGGGAGAAUACAGUUUUGAUUUACCUAGGACGAAUGUUUUACGAGUGAUUAGGAGAGUAAUUCCAGAGGAAAUUGCCUUAUCUAAUGAUGCUAAAUUAGCAUUUGCUAAAGCUGCGGUUGUAUUUAUUAUGUAUUUGACGGCAACAGCCCAAGAAGAAGCAACCAAACAUAAACGAUCGACACUUACAGCUGAUGAUGUCUUGGAAGCAUUGGAUACUCUCGAACUCGCAGACUAUAAAGAAGAGCUUGUCAGAACUCUACAUCAAUACAGAUUGAACCAAAAAGCAAAAAAAGAUAAAUCAACAAAGAGAAAAAAAGGUGACGAAGGUGAGGACAUGUAA